CCACUCUAGCUACUUCACACUUCACACCACACAUUCUUCACUCUUCCCUCUUUGAUAAACCAAUAACUCAAAACCUCCCCACUCCUGCAGUUAACUCUCCUCCUCGCUCCUCCUGUAAACCCCGCCAUGGCUUCGGCUGCUCUUUCCGUAGCCAACUCCACUCUCCACCAGGUGAGCAACAAGGGAUUGUCGUCGGAGUUCUCCGGACUUCGCAGCUCGUCUUCGUCGCUUCCGUUCGCGCGGAGAUCCUAUGACGACUUGCACUCCGUCGUUUCCUUCCAGACCUCUGUUGUCGGAGGGAAGCAGAGGAGGGCAGUAGUGGAGGCGAAGCUGAAGGUGGCCAUUAAUGGAUUCGGAAGAAUUGGAAGGAACUUCUUGAGGUGUUGGCAUGGAAGGAAGGAUUCUCCCCUUGACGUCAUUGCCAUCAACGACACCGGAGGUGUGAAGCAGGCCUCUCACCUUCUCAAAUACGACUCCACCCUCGGCAUCUUCGACGCCGAUGUCAAGCCCGUCGGCGACGAUGGCAUCUCCGUCGACGGCAAGGUCAUCAAAGUCGUAUCCAGCCGCAACCCCCUCAACCUCCCUUGGGGGGAAUUGGGAAUCGAUUUGGUUAUUGAGGGAACCGGUGUUUUCGUGGACAGAGAAGGCGCCGGAAAACAUAUCGAGGCCGGAGCGAAGAAGGUUCUGAUCACAGCACCGGGAAAGGGCGACAUCCCCACCUACGUUGUGGGCGUCAACGCCGACGCUUACAGCCCCGAUGAGCCCAUCAUCAGCAACGCCUCUUGCACCACCAACUGCCUUGCUCCUUUCGUCAAGGUCCUCGACCAGAAAUUUGGCAUCAUCAAGGGCACCAUGACUACUACUCACUCCUACACCGGCGACCAGAGGCUGCUGGACGCCAGCCACAGGGAUCUCCGACGUGCAAGAGCCGCCGCGCUCAACAUUGUCCCAACCUCAACCGGCGCCGCCAAGGCCGUCGCGCUUGUCCUCCCCAGCCUCAAGGGCAAGCUCAACGGCAUCGCCCUCCGAGUCCCCACCCCCAACGUCUCCGUCGUCGACCUCGUCGUUCAGGUCUCCAAGAAGACCUUCGCCGAGGAAGUCAACGCCGCGUUCAGGGAAUCCGCCGCCAACGAGCUCGACGGCAUCCUCUCCGUCUGCGACGAGCCCCUUGUGUCGGUCGACUUCAGAUGCAGCGAUGUGUCGUCCACGGUGGACUCCUCGCUCACCAUGGUCAUGGGAGACGACAUGGUUAAGGUUAUUGCCUGGUACGACAAUGAAUGGGGUUACUCACAGAGGGUUGUGGAUCUUGCUGACAUUGUUGCAAAUCAAUGGAAAUAAAUGCCGGCCUCUCAUCUAAACCUCUCAAAGUAUUAGCAUAUAUAUAUAACUUUUGUACUAUGUAUGUAGAUUGUUUCUUUAAUUUCCUUCUUCCUCCAAAGUGUACUGUGAUGAGAAUUUAAUUCCUCAAAACAAUUUUUCAUCUCCAUUAUAUUAUUGGAGCUUAAUUCAAA